AAGCAGAAUAAUGGCGGCGUGUGUACGAACGCAGAACAAAACAUCUCCACAGAUUAUCUUAAUUUUUCCUAUUAUUUCCUACAUUGAUUAACUUAUUUCGGAUGGUAUCCAGGAUAUUACCAACCAGAUCAGUUUCAGAGCUUUUAUAUAAUCCAACCUGCAAAUGAAAUGUUACAAAAAGGCAUUUUCCGUGUGCUUAAAAAGUCAGCGAUAUCAUCCAUCUUUUUGCUUUGUGCGUUGAAUCUGGUUUCCGGGCAGAUUCGUUACUCCAUUCCUGAAGAACUGGAACACGGGGCCUUCGUGGGAAAUAUCGCAGACAAUUUGGGUUUAAACACGGAGGAGCUAUCACGGCGUAAAUUCAGACUUGUGUCGGCCGCGUCGAUACAGUAUUUGGAUGUAAAUCGCAUGAAUGGGAUUUUAUUUGUGAAUGCAAGAAUUGAUAGAGAACAAAUAUGCGGCCAGCGAGUUAACUGUGUAUUGGUCCUGGAAGCGGUAGCUGAAAGUCCCGUGGAACAGUACCGUGUGGAGAUUCAGAUUUUAGAUGUAAAUGAUAAUUCGCCCAUCUUUCAGAACAAAGAAAUUCGUUUAGAUGUUACAGAAUCCGCGCUGCCUGGAGCUCGCUUUCCGUUAGAGCGUGCACACGACAUAGAUACGGUAAAUAAUUCUAUUCGUACGUAUCAGCUCUCGACAAAUGAGCAUUUUAGUUUAGAUAUACGAAGUCGUGGACAAUGGAAAUUACCCGAAUUAAUAAUGAACAAAUUGGUCGACCGAGAAAUAAAAUCGAGCUACCAUUUGUUGCUCACGGCUCUGGACGGCGGAUCACCAACAAGAUCAGGUACGGCUCAUAUAUCUAUUACAAUCUUGGAUACCAACGAUAAUCCGCCUGUUUUUGACAAAUCGGUGUACACUGUUAGCAUGAAAGAAAACGUACCAGUGGGUACUUUACUAAUUAAGCUAAACGCUACUGAUUUGGACGAGGGACAGAAUGCAGAGAUAAUCUAUCUCUUCAGCAGGUAUAAUGAACCAAAAAUAACCGAAAUAUUUACGAUUAAUCCCAAAUCCGGAGCGAUACACCUAAAGGAAACUUUGGAUUUCGAAGAAGGAAGUGUGUAUGAGAUUGAUGUUGAAGCUAGGGAUGGAAAUGUGCAGCCGCUAUCUACACACUGCAGCGUGCGCGUGGAGAUCACAGAUGUCAAUGACAACGCUCCUCUGUUGACUCUAAAUUCUAUUUCUGGCACAGUCAGUGAAGGUGAUCCGAGUGGAACUUUAAUCGCAUUGAUUAGCGUGACAGACCAGGAUUCCAAUAAAAAUGGAUACAUCGACUGCUCGAUUUCAUCUGAUGUCCCUUUUGACUUGAAAUCGUCCUUCAGCAAUUCCUACAGACUUAUCACAAGCGCACCACUGGAUCGAGAAACCACUGCUCAAUAUAGAAUAACUGUUACUUGCAAAGAUCGCGGGAUCCCACCCUUAUCUACCAGCCGGACAAUUGUGGUAAAUAUCUCAGAUAUAAAUGAUAACGCGCCGCGCUUUACGCAGCCUUCGUACACGGUAUAUGUGACAGAAAAUAUUGAGCCCGGCAGCUACAUUGGAUCAGUGACUGCUUUGGAUCUUGAUAUUAACAGGCAUUCACAGCUGUCUUACUCUAUUUUGGAAAAUCAGAUUCAGUCAGUGCCAUUGUCAUCCUAUCUCUAUAUCAACACAAAUAAUGGAAGUAUCUAUUCGAAACGACCAUUAGAUUACGAGCAAAUUAAAAGAUUUCAGUUUCACGUUCGAGCCCAAGAUGCCGGAUUACCGUCACUUUCGAGCGACGUUGUUGUGCAUGUGAUAGUCCUGGAUCAGAACGACAAUGCACCCUCCAUAAUAUCAUGGAAAUCUAAGCGCAACACUAGUUUGCGUGUGCCUCGAACUGCAAAACCUGGACAUUUGGUUAUAAAAAUCUUUGCAUCCGACGCAGAUUCCGGUAAGAAUGCACAACUGUCGUACCAACUGAAUCAGGCUAGUGUUCCUGGUCUUUUUAAAGUUUCGCAUAGUUCGGGAGAAGUAAGGAGUGUCCGGCAUUUCAAAGAUGGCGACGCGACCACACAAAGACUAAUUGUCCAGGUGAAAGAUAAUGGUUUUCCACCUCUUUCUGCUACUACCACCUUGACGUUGACAUUAAUUGACGAAGGUAUAUCCUAUCAGCCUGACGUUACAGAACCUCAUCAAGAUUUAAAGGAAACGAAGCAGUUGACAUUUUAUAUAAUUAUUUCGUUGGGAGCAACAUCUUUUAUCCUGUUGGUGGUUAUCAUUGUUUUGGUUGUUGUAAUUUGCCCGAUUGGCAACAGGACGGCUUCAGGCGGUGCGUGCUCUUUUGCUAGCUGCUGCAGCACCAAAGAGUGGGAAUGUCAGAAUCCCAAUUUCAACCUUCAAGUGACGCCGGAUUUCCACAUCGUUCCCAGUUUGCUUGAGGUUCGAGGCAACGGAUCUCUUUCAGGGACGUGCCGUUAUAAGAUUCGAUCCGCACCUGAAUCUGGUGAAAUGUUCUUCGCACCAUUCAGUCCACAUAUGGCAAUGGUUACUGGAAAGGAGACGAGAUAUAUGCUGCCGGAUAGCCCAAGGAUGAGGAAGAGCUGUCCAGACCAGACAGAAUACGAUCAACCGCAAAAACAUUUGUUUAAGGUUUGGCCAAAUUACCCUGCUAAAGAAAUGACACAAAUGGGCGUUCUGCGUGUGCGUAUAAAGUCGGGGAUAUCAUCCAUCUUUCUGCUUUGUCUGUGGAAUCUAGUUUCCGGGCAGAUUCGUUACUCCAUUCCCGAAGAACUGGAACACGGAGCAUUCGUCGGGAAUAUCGGAAAGGAUUUGGGUUUGAGCACGGAAGAGCUAUCAAGUCGUAAAUUCAGAAUAAUAUCUGUCGCGUCAAUACAAUAUUUGGAUGUGAACCGCGUGAAUGGAAUUUUAUUUGUGAAUGCAAGAAUUGACAGGGAACAACUAUGUGGUCAGAGUAAUAACUGCGUACUGCUCAUGGAAGCGGUGGUGGAAAAUCCAGUGGAGCAGUACCGUGUGGAAGUUGAGGUUCUGGAUUUAAAUGAUAACUCUCCGACUUUUCCGAACAGAGAAAUUGAUUUGAAGAUUCCAGAGUCAGUAAUGCCCGGGACCCGCUUUCCAUUAGAGCGCGCACAUGAUCUGGACGGGAAAAAUAAUUCGGUUCGCACAUAUCAGCUCAAUGCGAACAAAUAUUUUACGUUAGAUGUACAGAAUACAGGAAAGUGGAAAUUACCUGCGUUAGUACUGGAGAACAUUCUCGACCGAGAAAAACAAUCAGUGUAUAAUUUAUUACUGACGGCUCUUGACGGCGGGACUCCAGAAAGGUCAGGUACCGCUCACAUAACUAUCAAUAUCCUAGAUGUAAAUGAUAAUUCUCCUGUUUUCCAGAAAUCUUUUUAUAGUGCUAGUCUGAGGGAGAAUGUGCCUCCUAAUUAUUUAGUGAUCAGGCUUAACGCGACUGAUUUAGACCAGGGUACCAAUGGUGAGAUCGUUUAUUCAUUUAGCAGCAACAAUGAGCCCAAAAUAACUGAAGUAUUUACCAUUAAUCCGUUCUCAGGGGAAAUUCAUACAAAAGGAAUUUUGGAUUUUGAAAAAUCAAAUGUUUUUCUCAUUCACGUGGAGGCUAACGAUAGAGGCACACAGCCGCUUUCGGAGCAUUGUAACGUGCGGGUGGAGAUUACAGACGUCAAUGACAAUGCUCCAGAGAUGACACUAAAUUCCAUUUCCGAUAGCAUCAGAGAAGAUGUUCCGACUGGAACUUUGAUUGCGUUUGUCAGUGUAACAGAUCGGGAUUCCAAUCAACAUGGAAACAUUGAUUGCCGUGUUUCUCCAAACCUCCCGUUUGAUCUGAAAUCUUCCUUUGUCAAUUCUUACAGACUUGUCACAGGUGCAUUACUGGACCGAGAAAGCGCUUUUCAAUAUAUAAUUACUGUGACGUGUAAAGACCGUGGGUCCCCUCCACUAUUUACCAACACCACGAUUAUUGUCGACGUUUCCGACGUGAAUGACAAUGCGCCGCAAUUUACGCAACGUUCCUACACGGUCUACGUGACCGAAAACAAUGCACCGGAGAGUUACAUCAGAUCAGUGACAGCUUUAGAUCCUGAUACUGACCGAAAUUCACGGCUGUCUUACACUAUUUUGGACUACCAGGUUCAGUCAGUGCCAGUGUCAUCCUAUGUCUAUAUCAACCCCAAUAAUGGCAGCAUUUACUCUAAAAGAUCAUUUGAUUACGAGCAAUUUAAGACGUUUCAGUUUCAGGUUCGAGCUGAGGAUGCCGGAUUACCAUCACUUUUCUGCGAGGUGGCUGUGCAGGUGGUUGUUCUGGAUCAAAACGACAAUCCACCUACCAUACUAGCACCUGGAACAAAAGCAAAUACCAGUUGUCAAGUGAGCCGCUCUGCAGAUCCAGGAUAUUUGGUGACACAAAUUAUUGCUUCCGACGCAGAUUCUGGUAAAAAUGCCCAGCUUUCCUAUCAUCUGAAACAGGCCAGUGUUCCGGGUCUUUUCAUUGUUUCACAUAGUUCGGGAGAAGUAAGGAGUGUUCGGCGGCUCAAAGAUAGCGACGUCACCACACAAAAACUAAUUAUCCAAGUGAACGACAACGGUUACCCGGCUCUUUCAGCUACGACCACUUUAAGCCUGACAUUAAUUGAGGGACCUAUAACCUCUCAGACGGAAUUUAUUGAAUCGCGUCCGGAUUUCAAAGGUACGCAACAGUUAAGUAUUUACAUAAUAAUAACUUUGGGAGCGACGUCUUUAAUUCUGCUGGUGGUUAUCAUUGCACUUGUAGUCGUAACUUGCCCAAGAGGCCACAGUGCCGCUUCCUGCAGCGUUUUCCCAUUCGAUAACUGUUGCUGCACCAGAAAAUUGGAAUAUCAGAAUGCAAAUGUCAACCUUCAACUUGCUAGGGAUUCCCACCUCCUUCCCGGUAUACUUGAGGUGCGCGGCAAUGGAUCACUUUCAGAAUCCUACCGUUACAAAAUUCGGUCAGCACCGGAGCCAGAGGAAAUGUUUUUCACACCAUUCAGCCCGCACAUAUCAGGAAUUACCGGAAUGGACGGCAGAUAUACGUUGCAGUAUAAAGCAAAGUCGCAGAAGACCUGGUCAUAUGAGGUCAAGGGAUUAUUCUCCAUUACCUCCGUCUCAUUGCGCAUGAUGUUACAACCAGACACGUCUACACAGGCUCACAAAGAAAUUACUCAGUCGGUAAUUGCCUACGUCACAAUAUAUCUCCCUUAUAAUUACUUAGUUUCUGUUAAUUUAGGAGGUGAAAACCACCUAGUGAUCCACCGCCCAUCCCCCAAUAUACGAGAAAGGAAGCUGAAUAAUGGCGGCGUGUGUACGAGCGCAGCGGGCCAUCUCUUCAACCGAUCACACUUCAACUUAUUCAACACAUUGAAGGAAUUGGUUCGGAUGUGGUCCGGGAUGCUUUCAAGAAGAAACAUUGCUAAGGUAUUUGUGAUCUACCCCACAGAAAUAAUGGCACAAAGGAGCAUUUUCCGCGUGCAUGGAAAGUCGGUGAUAUCAUCCAUCUUUCUGCUUUGUGUGUGGAAUCUGGUUUCCGGGCAGAUUCGCUACUCCAUACCAGAAGAACUGGAACAAGGUGCCUUCGUCGGAGCAGUCGGCAAAGAUUUGGGUUUGAGCAUAGAGGAUCUAUCAAGCCGUAAAUUCAGAAUUAUAUCAGCUGCAUCAAAACAAUAUUUGGAUGUAAAUAAUAAGAAUGGCAUUUUAUUUGUAAGUGCAAGAAUCGACAGGGAACAGCUGUGUGGUCAGAGUGAUAACUGUGUAUUGAUCGUGGAAGCGGUGGUUGAAAAUCCUGUGGAGCAGUACCGUGUGCAAGUUGAUAUAUUGGAUAUAAACGACAAUUCUCCGAAUUUUCCGAAAAGUGAAAUUCGUUUGGAAAUUUCAGAAACCGCGAUGCCAGGAGCACGUUUUCUGUUAGAAGGCGCUCACGAUCUGGACGGGAGAAAUAAUUCUGUUCGUAUUUACCAGCUCGCUCCAAAUUAUCAUUUUACGUUAGAGGUACAGAAUGUUGGCAAGUGGAAGUUACCCGAACUGGUGUUGCAAAAUAUUCUCGACCGAGAAAAACAACCAGUGUACAAUUUAUUACUGACCGCUCUUGACGGCGGUACUCCUGAAAGGUCAGGUACUGCUCACGUAAACAUUGUUAUCCUGGAUGUGAAUGAUAAUACACCGGUUUUCCGGAAAUCAGUGUAUAGUGUUAGUCUAAGCGAGAACAUGCCAUUGAAUUCGUUAGUGAUUAAGCUUAACGCGACUGAUUUAGACGAAGGUAGAAAUGGCGAGAUCAUUUAUUCUUUCAGCAGUUACAACGAACCAAGAAUAACUGAAAUAUUUACGAUUAAACCAAAAUCAGGAGAGAUCCGUACAAAAGGAAUAAUGGAUUUUGAAGAAGCCAGUGUUUAUCAGAUUCAUGUGGAAGCUAAGGACAAAAGUGUACAGUCGCUAUCCACACACUGCAGCGUGCGAGUGGAGAUCAGAGAUGUGAAUGACAACGCUCCUGAUUUAACUCUAAAUUCUGUUUCCGGUACAAUCAGUGAGAAUGUUCCGACGGGAACUUUAAUCGCCUUCAUCGGCGUGACAGACCGGGAUUUCAAUGAAAAUGGACACAUCGACUGUUCCAUUUCACACAACCUACCAUUUGACCUUAAAUCUUCCUUCAGUAAUUCAUACAGACUAGUUACAAAUGCGGCACUCGACCGAGAAAGCACCCCUCAACAUAAGAUUACAGUAACUUGCAAAGACCGUGGUAUCCCACCUUUAUCUACCACCCGGACAAUUGUGGUAAAUAUCUCAGAUAUAAAUGAUAACGCGCCGCGCUUUACGCAGCCUUCGUACACGUCCUAUGUGGCAGAAAAUAAUGAGCCAGGCAGCUACAUUGGAUCAGUAACAGCUUUGGAUCGUGAUAUCGACCGAAAUUCACAGCUUUCUUACUCUAUUUUGGAGAACCAGAUACAGUCAGUGUCUGUUUCUUUCUACCUCUUUAUCAACUCAAAUAAUGGCAGCAUCUACUCGAAAACUCCUUUCGAUUAUGAACGACUUAAAGGUUUUCAGUUCCACGUUCGGGCUCAAGAUGCCGGAUUAACACCACUUUCCAGUGACGUUGCUGUGAAAGUGAUUGUCUUGGAUCAGAACGACAAUCCACCCUUGAUAACAGCAAAUGCAAUAAAAAGCAACAGCAGUCUGCCUGUGCCUCGUUCUGCAGACCCGGGAUAUAUGGUAACAAAGGUCCUUGCUUCCGACGCAGAUUCCGGUAAGAAUGCACAACUGUCUUAUCAACUCAUGCAAUCCAGUGACCCGGGUCUCUUUAUAGUUUCAUAUAACUCAGGAGAGGUAAGAACUGCUCGGCGCAUUAAAGAUAGCGACGCCACCACACAAAGGCUGAUUAUCCAGGUGAAAGAUAACGGUUAUCCCGCUCUCUCCGCUACCACCACCUUUACUUUGACAAUAGUUGAGGAACACACGGAGGGUUUGCUGGACUUCAAUGAAGCGCGUACGACAUUAGAAGACACGCAGAAAUUAUCAUUAUAUAUAAUAAUUACACUAGGAGCAACCUCGUUUGUUCUUUUGGUGAUUAUAAUUGUCCUUGUUGUAGUCAUUUACCCAAUGGGCAGCCAUUCUGCAUCUGGGCAUGCCUGCACUUUAGCAGACAGUUGCUGCAGAAGAGAGGUGGAAUAUAGGCAUUCGAAUGUGAACUUGCAAAUCGUGCCGGAUUCUCACUUCCUUCCCAGUCUACUUGAGGUUCAUGGAAAUGGAUCCCUUUCAGAAAACUAUCGUUAUAAAAUUCGAUCGGCGCCCGAACCACGGGAUAUAUAUUUCACUCCAUUCAGUCCACAGAUGCACGGGACCAUUGAAAAAAAGUACGCUAAAUAUGCGCCAACGGACAGAGGUGAAAACCACCUAGUGAUCCACCGCCCAUCCCCCAAUAUACCAGAAAGGAAGCUGAAUAAUGGCGGCGUGUGUACGAACGCAGCGGACCAUCUCUUCAACCGAUCACACUUCAACUUAUUCAACAUAUUGAAGGAAUUGGUUCGGAUGUGGUCCGGGAUGCUUUCAAGAAGAAACAUUGCUAAGGUAUUUGUGAUCUACCCCACAGAAAUAAUGGCACAAAGGAGCAUUUUCCGCGUGCAUGGAAAGUCGGUGAUAUCAUCCAUCUUUCUGCUUUGUGUGUGGAAUUUGGUUUCCGGGCAGAUUCGCUACUCCAUUCCAGAAGAACUGGAACAAGGUGCCUUCGUCGGAGCAGUCGGAAAAGAUUUGGGUUUGAGCAUAGAGGAGCUAUCAAACCGUAAAUUCAGAAUUAAAUCAGCCGCAUCAAAACAAUACUUUGAUGUAAAUAAUAUGAAUGGAAUUUUAUUUGUAAAUGCAAGAAUGGACAGGGAACAGCUGUGUGGUCAGAGUGAUAACUGUGUACUGUUCGUGGAAGCGGUGGUUGAAAAUCCUGUGGAGCAGUACCGUGUGGAAGUUGAGAUAUUGGAUAUAAACGACAAUUCUCCAAUUUUUCCGAAAAGCGAAAUUCGUUUGGAAAUUUCAGAAAGCAGGAUGCCAGGAUCGCGUUUUCUGUUAGAAGGCGCUCACGAUCUGGACGGGAGAAAUAAUUCUCUUCGUUACUACCAGCUCGCUGCUAAUGAUCAUUUUACGUUGGAUGUGCAGAAUUUUGGAAAAUUGAAGUUACCAGAACUGGUGCUGCAGAAUAUUCUCGACCGAGAAAAACAACCAGUGUACAAUUUAUUAUUGACCGCUCUUGAUGGCGGUACUCCAGGGAGGUCAGGUACGGCUCAUGUAACUAUUGUUGUUUUGGACGUUAAUGAUAAUACACCGGUUUUCGAGAAAUCGGCGUAUACUGUUAGCCUAAAGGAGAACGUAUCACGAAAUUCCUUGGUGAUUAAGCUUAACGCGACUGACCUGGACGAGGGCACAAAUGGCGAAAUCGUUUAUUCUUUCAGCAGUUACAAUGAACAAAUGAUAACUGAAAUGUUUACGAUUAACCACAACUCCGGGGAGAUACGCACCAAAGGAAUUUUGGAUUUUGAAGAAACCAAUAUUUAUCAGAUUUAUGUACAAGCUAAGGACAAAUCGUUAUCCACAUUCUGUAAUGUGCGGGUGGAUAUCACAGAUGUGAAUGACAACGCUCCUGAUUUAACUCUGAAUUCUGUUUCCGGUACAGUCAGUGAAAACGUUCCAAGUGGAACGCUGAUCGCAUUGAUCAGUGUGACAGACAGGGAUUCCAAUCAAAAUGGAUACAUCGACUGUUCUAUCUCACCCAAUCUACUCUUUAAUCUUAAAUCUUCCUUCACAAAUUCCUACAGACUAGUUACAAAUGCAGCACUCGAUCGAGAAAGCACCCCUCGUCAUAAGAUUACAGUAACUUGCAAAGACCGUGGAGUCCCCCCGUUAUCUACCAGCCGGACGAUUGUGGUAAAUAUCUCAGAUAUUAAUGAUAACGCGCCGCGCUUUACGCAACCUUCGUACACGGCCUAUGUGGCGGAAAAUAAUGAACCCGGCAGCUACAUUGGAUCAGUAACAGCUUUGGAUCUUGAUAUCGACCGAAAUUCACUGCUUUCUUACUCUAUUUUGGAGAACCAGAUACAGUCAAUGCCUGUGUCUUUCUACCUCUUUAUCAACUCAAAUAAUGGCAGCAUCUACUCGAAAACUCCUUUCGAUUAUGAACAACAUAAAGGUUUUCAGUUUCACGUUCGGGCUCAAGAUGCCGGAUUAACAUCACUUUCCAGUGACGUUGCUGUGAAAGUGAUUGUCUUGGAUCAGAACGACAAUCCACCCAUGAUAACAGCAAAUGCAAUAAAAAGCAACAGCAGUCUGCCUGUGCCUCGUUCUGCAGACCCGGGAUAUAUGGUAACAAAGGUCGUUGCUACCGACGCAGAUUCCGGUAAGAAUGCACAACUGUCUUAUCAACUGAUGCAAUCCAGUGACCCGGGUCUCUUUAUAGUUUCAUAUAACUCAGGAGAGGUAAGAACUGCUCGGCGCUUUAAAGAUAGCGACGCCACCACACAAACGCUGAUUAUCCAGGUGAAAGAUAACGGUUAUCCCGCUCUCUCUGCUACCACCACCUUUACUUUGACAAUAGUUGAGGAACACACGGAGGGUUUGCUGGACUUCAAUGAAGCGCGUGACGACUUAGAAGACACGCAGAAAUUAUCAUUAUAUAUAAUAAUUACACUAGGAGCAACAUCGUUUGUUCUUUUGGUGGUUAUAAUUGUACUUGUUGUAGUCAUUUGCCCAAUGGGCAGUCAUUCUGCAUCUGGGCAUGCCUGCACUUUAGCAGACAGUUGCUGCAGAAGAGAGUUGGAAUAUAGGCAUUCGAAUGUGAACUUGCAAAUCGUGCCGGAUUCUCACUUCCUUCCCAGUCUACUUGAGGUUCAUGGAAAUGGAUCCCUUUCAGAAACGUACCGUUAUAAAAUUCGAUCGGCGCCCGAACCACGGGAUAUAUAUUUCACUCCAUUCAGUCCACAGAUGCACGGGACCAUUGAAAAAUACGCUAAAUAUGCGCCAACGGACAGUACAAAGACAAGGAGCAGUUCGCCGAACAUGGGAGGUGAAAACCACCUAGUGAUCCACCGCCCAUCCCCCAAUAUACGAGAAAGGAAGCUGAAUAAUGGCGGCGUGUGUACGAACGCAGCGGACCAUCUCUUCAUCCGAUCACACUUCAACUUAUUCAACACAUUGAAGGAAUUGGUUCGGAUGUGGUCCGGGAUGCUUUCAAGAAGAAACAUUGUUAAGGUAUUUGUGAUCUCCCCCACAGAAGUAAUGGCACAAAUGAACAUUUUCCGCGUGCAUGGAAAGUCGGUGAUAUCAUCCAUCUUUCUGCUUUGUGUGUGGAAUCUGGUUUCCGGGCAGAUUCGCUACUCCAUUCCAGAAGAACUGGAACAAGGUGCCUUCGUCGGAGCAGUCGGCAAAGAUUUGGGUUUGAGCAUAGAGGAGCUAUCAAGCCGUAAAUUCAGAAUUAUAUCAGCUGCAUCAAAACAAUAUUUGGAUGUAAAUAAUAAGAAUGGAAUUUUAUUUGUAAGUGCAAGAAUCGACAGGGAACAGCUGUGUGGUCAGAGUGAUAACUGUGUAUUGCUCGUGGAAUCGGUGGUUGAAAACCCUGUGGAGCAGUACCGUGUGCAAGUUGAGAUAUUGGAUAUAAACGACAAUUCUCCGAAUUUUCCAAAAAGUGAAAUUCGUUUGGAAAUUUUAGAAACCGCGAUGCCAGGAGCGCGUUUUCUGUUAGAAGGCGCUCACGAUCUGGACGGGAGAAAUAAUUCUGUUCGGAACUACCAGCUCGCUGCUAAUGAUCAUUUUACGUUGGAUGUGCAGAAUUUUGGAAAAUUGAAGUUACCAGAACUGGUGCUGCAGAAUAUUCUCGACCGAGAAAAACAACCAGUGUACAGUUUAUUACUGACCGCUCUUGAUGGCGGUACUCCAGGGAGGUCAGGUACGGCUCAUGUAACUAUUGUUGUUUUGGACGUUAAUGAUAAUACACCGGUUUUCGAGAAAUCGGCGUAUACUGUUAGCCUAAAGGAGAACGUAUCACGAAAUUCCUUGGUGAUUAAGCUUAACGCAACUGACCUGGACGAGGGCACAAAUGGCGAAAUCGUUUAUUCUUUCAGCAGUUACAAUGAACAAAGGAUAACUGAAAUGUUUACCAUUAACCACAACUCCGGGGAGAUACGCACCAAAGGAAUUUUGGAUUUUGAAGAAACCAAUAUUUAUCAGAUUUAUGUACAAGCUAAGGACAAAAGUGUGCAAUCGUUAUCCACACUCUGUAAUGUGCGGGUGGAUAUCACAGAUAUGAAUGACAACGCUCCUGAUUUAACUCUGAAUUCUGUUUCCGGUACAGUCAGUGAAAAUGUUCCAAGUGGAACGUUGAUCGCAUUGAUCAGUGUGACAGACAGGGAUUCCAAUCUAAAUGGAUACAUCGACUGUUCUAUCUCACCCAAUCUACUCUUUAAUCUUAAAUCUUCCUUCACAAAUUCCUACAGACUAGUUACAAAUGCAGCACUCGAUCGAGAAAGCACCCCUCGUCAUAAGAUUACAGUAACUUGCAAAGACCGUGGAGUCCCCCCGUUAUCUACCAGCCGGAUGAUUGUGGUAAAUAUCUCAGAUAUUAAUGAUAACGCGCCGCGCUUUACGCAGCCUUCCUACACGGCCUAUGUGGCGGAAAAUAAUGAGCCAGGCAGCUACAUUGGAUCAGUAACAGCUUUGGAUCUUGAUAUUGACCGAAAUUCACAGCUUUCUUACUCUAUUUUGGAGAACCAGAUACAGUCAGUGCCUGUGUCUUUCUACCUCUUUAUCAACUCAAAUAAUGGCAGCAUCUACUCGAAAAUUCCUUUCGAUUAUGAACAACAUAAAGGUUUUCAGUUUCACGUUCGGGCUCAAGAUGCCGGAUUAACAUCACUUUCCAGUGACGUUGCUGUGAAAGUGAUUGUCUUGGAUCAGAACGACAAUCCACCCAUGAUAACAGCAAAUGCAAUAAAAAGCAACAGCAGUCUGCCUGUGCCUCGUUCUGCAGACCCGGGAUAUAUGGUAACAAAGGUCGUUGCUUCCGACGCAGAUUCCGGUAAGAAUGCACAACUGUCUUAUCAACUCAUGCAAUCCAGUGACCCGGGUCUCUUUAUAGUUUCAUAUAACUCAGGAGAGGUAAGAACUGCUCGGCGCUUUAAAGAUAGCGACGCCACCACACAAAGGCUGAUUAUCCAGGUGAAAGAUAACGGUUAUCCCGCUCUCUCCGCUACCACCACCUUUACUUUGACAAUAGUUGAGGAACACACGGAGGGUUUGCUGGACUUCAAUGAAGCGCGUGACGACUUAGAAGACACGCAGAACUUAUCAUUAUAUAUAAUAAUUACACUAGGAGCAACCUCAUUUGUUCUUUUGGUGGUUAUAAUUGUACUUGUUGUAGUCAUUUGCCCAAUGGGCAGCCAUUCUGCAUCUGGGCAUGCCUGCACUUUAGCAGACAGUUGCUGCAGAAGAGAGUUGGAAUAUAGGCAUUCGAAUGUGAACUUGCAAAUCGUGCCGGAUUCUCACUUCCUUCCCAGUCUACUUGAGGUUCAUGGAAAUGGAUCCCUUUCAGAAACAUACCGGUAUAAAAUUCGAUCGGCGCCCGAACCACGGGAUAUAUAUUUCACUCCAUUCAGUCCACAGAUGCACGGGACCAUUGAAAAGUACGCUAAAUAUGCGCCAACGGACAGUACAAAGACAAGGAGCAGUUCGCCGAACAAGCAGCACGCAGCAGUGAAACCAGUCGUUCGCUCCACCAUGUCCGAUCUGAUGAUCAACUACGUAACAGUACCAAUCCCAUUUACGAAUACUAUUGAAAUUAACAUCCCUAUAGACGAAAUGGCACAUACAGUCGGAAUGUUCUGGUUGAGAGAGAAAGCGGUACCGUCCAUUUUGAUGCUUUGUGCCUGGAACAUGGUUUCCGGGCAGAUUCGUUACUCCAUUACAGAAGAAUUGAAGCACGGUACAUUGGUCGGCGAAAUCGCUAAGGAUUUGGGACUAUUUCUGGAGGAACUAUCAAGUCGGAAAUUAAGGAUCGUUUCUCAGAUACCGUCACAAGUUUUGGAUAUAAAUCUUCAGAAUGGAGUUUUAUUUGUGAAUAAGAGAAUAGACCGAGAGCUGAUCUGCGGCAAGAGUCUUACUUGUAUACUGCCCUUGGAACUGGAAAUAGAAAAUCCCGUGGAACAUUAUCGAGUGGAGGUCGAAAUUCUGGACAUAAACGACAAUUCUCCCUAUUUCUUGAACACAGAAAUCCGUUUGGAAAUUGCAGAGUCUGUGUCACCUGGAACUCACUACAUUUUAAAGGCUGCACAGGACGCUGAUGUUGGAAAUAAUGCGGUUCAGACGUACCAGCUUACUCAAAAUAAUCACUUUGCUCUAGAUAUACAGACUCUUGGCAAUUGGAAAUUACCAGAAUUAGUGGUGAAACAGUCGCUCGACCGUGAAAGGUACUCCAUGCACUCUUUAAUGCUUACUGCUGUUGAUGGUGGGAUACCCGAGAGGUCAGGUACUUCUCAGAUAUUUAUCGUUGUUACUGACACGAAUGAUAAUGCGCCCAUUUUUCAAAUGCCAUUGGACUCUGUUAGCUUAAUGGAAGACGUUGCACCAGGUACCUUGGUAAUUAAAGUUAAUGCUACUGAUUUGGAUGAAGGAUCCAACAGUGACAUAAGCUAUUCUUUGGGCAGCUAUAAUGAAGACAGCGCACUGGAAAUGUUUAGCAUUAAUCCGAAAUCGGGAGAGAUUAGAGUAAAAAGAAAAUUAGAUUUUGAAGAAACCAGUGUCUAUGAAAUUCACGUCGAAGCUAAGGACAUGGGGGCACAGUCAUUGUCCGCGUACUGUAUUGUUCGGGUGCAUGUCGAAGAUGUUAAUGAUAAUGCGCCUGAAGUGGUUAUGAAAUCAGCUUCGAGUACAGUCAGUGAGGACACGCCUGUUGGAACACCGAUUGCUUUAGUCAGCGCUACAGACCGAGAUUCCAAUAGGAAUGGCAUUACUGAUUGCCAGGUCUCACCAACCGCACCUUUCGAAUUGAAGCGCUCGCUUGAAAAUUCAUAUAAACUAAUCGUAAGUGAUACGCUUGAUCGGGAAAUAAUUUAUGAGUACGCGCUGACUGUGACAUGCAAAGAUCAAGGAACACCUCCACUAUCUACAAAUAGAACGAUGAUUGUAUAUGUUUCAGAUAUAAAUGAUAAUGCUCCCAAAUUCUCACAGCCUACACACACCAUCUAUGUGACUGAGAAUAAUUCGCCCGGCAGUUCUAUUGGAUCUGUGACAGCCUUCGAUCCAGAUGCAGAAGGAAAUUCCCAAAUUUCUUACAGAAUUGUGGAGGGCAGCGUUCAGGGUGACCCAGUGACUUCCUAUCUUUCAAUCAGCUCUGACAAUGGCGUGAUCUAUUCGCAGCGGUCGUUCGAUUACGAGUUGCUAAAGAGUUUUAAGAUCCAAGUACAAGCUCGGGAUGCUGGAUUUCUAGUGUUUACUGGCAACGUUACUGUAAAUGUGAUUAUCCUUGACCAGAAUGACAAUCCUCCUGUGAUAUCAGCUAGCAGCAAGCAUCACAACAAUGCAACUGUGCCUCGAUCUGCCCUUCCAGGUUUUCUGGUUACCAGGGUGUUAGCUACAGAUGCCGAUUCUGGACAAAAUGCACGCCUUUCCUAUCAGAUCUUACAUGCCACUGACCCAAGUCUUUUCACAAUAUCGCAUAGGUCAGGAGAAGUAAAGAGCUUUCGCCGAUUUAAGGACGGAGACGCCGUCACACAAAAGCUAGUCAUCUUGGUGAAGGAUAACGGACACCCUGCGCUCUCUGCCACUGGCACAAUUGCCAUCGCUUUAAUUGAACAAACCGAGCAAUUUCAGUCAGAGUUUGGUGAUCGUCAUGGAGUUUUGCAAGAGUCUUCUGACUUGGCAUUUUACAUAAUAAUUUCUCUGGGAGCAGUAACAUUCUUACUCCUCGUUAUUAUAAUAGUCCUAAUUAUUGUUAUUUGCCCAGCACACAAACAGCCACGCCGCAAUGCGAGUUGCUAUCUUGCAAAAUGUUGCGGUAUCAAUGAAUUAGAUUCCAAUGUUGGAAGGCAUAACGCGCAUGUCAAUCUACAGCUAGUGCCGGACUCCAAAUUAUUUGCCAAUGUCCUUGAAAUCCGGGGAAAUGGAUCCCUUUCAGAUACGUAUCGUCAUAAAGUUAGAUCUGCGCCAGAGGCAGGAAAAAUGGAAGUAAUGUAUUUUUCUACAGUCAGUCCAAUAAUUUCUAGAUCUCUCACGAAGAGCAUUGGAAAUUGUACGUCACAAGUAAAUACGUGCCGAAAGAAUAACUGGCUAUCCGCAGGCGAAGUGAGUAUUUCAUUAUUUAGUUAAAGUACAGUAUAAUCUUUUUCUAUAUCGAAAUCCACAGCCGGUCAUCGCACCGCUAGCAUAACCCAG